CCCUACCUGUGAUAUUCUGUCAGCCGCCGAGUUCCAAUAUGCUACAGCUUCCAUAACCCAACUCCGCAGCUCGCCCUUAUCUCAGUUGGACAAAUGAGCCAAACAUUCGCCCAAACUACUCAACGCUGUCUCCACUGUCAUCGACUGCUUCCCUCCAAUACCUAAUGCUUGUAAAAUGGAGCAGAGCCCUUUCUUUCUCUGUUAGGGUUUCUCUCCCCUUCUCAUGCAGCCCUUACCCUGCUCCUAACUCUCCGAUACACCUUUCGCCGGCCGAUAUUGAAUCCCGAAUCCGAUGCUGCUUAUCCUGCGGCAUGAUCGAUGACGCACUGUCUCUCCUCAUCCACUGUUUGGAAGCAGACCCUAACCCUCCAUCCCUCCUCUCAUUUAAUCUCGUCCUCUCUUCCCUGAACAAAUUUCGGCGAUUCGAUUCCACCAUUUCGCUUUACAACUCCAUGCGACGCUCUGGCGUGGCACCCGAUGUCGUCACGCUCAACAUUUUGAUCAAUUGCUACGCAGAAUGCGGGCGCGUGGACUUUGCAAGGAAGGUGUUCGACGAAAUAACGAUGUGGUCUUAUACUCCGACGAUUGUUUCAUGCAAUACUCUGAUCAAGGGUUUUUGUCGCAUAGGUAGGAUUGUUGAUGCGUUUGGAGUUUUUGAUCGGAUCAAGAAGAAUGGGCCAAGUCCAAACAGUAGAACUUUUUCGAUACUUAUUGUUUAUGUUUGUAAGUCUUUGAAUUCUGAAAUUGGCUUGCAGUUGAUUAAUCAAAUGCUGAUUCUUGGUUUGGUUCCUAGCAGCAUUACCUACAACUGUGUUUUGGCUGGGCUGUGUGCUGAAGGUAAACUGAAAUCAGCUAAUGCCUUGUAUUCCAGGUUGAGAAAACUUGGAGUCAUGCCAAAUGUGGUUACUUGCACUGGCUUUUUAAGCAGUCUGUGCAGAAAGAAUAGGCUUGCUGAAGCACAGAUUCUUUUUUAUGAGAUGUUAGAAAAUGGUUUGUUUCCAAGUGAGAGAACUUACUCUGCCCUCAUUCAUGGGCUUGCUUUGGAUGGGCAGUUUGAAAAAGCUAUAGAAAUGAUCGAGGAGAUGCAAUGCUGUGGACUCAGCCCAAAUGUAAUUACUUAUACAGGAAUUAUUACAUCAUUUUGUAAAGAGGGGAGAUUAGAGGAGGCAAAGAGGGUUAUCGAUAUGCUAAAGGAAAAAGGAUUACGCCCUAAUGAGUUUACAUACAGUACUUUGAUUGAUGGAUUCUGUAUUAAAGGAAGACUUGAGGAUGCAGUUUCCGUCUUUAGCCAAAUGGAAGAUGAAGGAAUUGUAAAUAACAUUGUUGCAUACAAUACAUUGAUCCGUGGAUUUUGCAAAUCAGGAAACAUGGAGGAGGCUAUGAAGCUUUUGCAGGUGAUUGUCUGUAAAGGUUCCAAACCUGAUGUUAUAACUUAUAAUACUCUUAUGGAUGGAUACUGUAAAAUUGGAAAUGUUAAGGCUGCUAAGUUGUUGUUAUGCAGAAUGGAGAAGCAGGGUCUGAAACCAAAUGUGAUUACAUUUAACACAUUGAUGGAUGGGCUAUGUAGAGUGGGGGACCUUGAAAGUAUGGCAAACUUGCUUGAGGAGAUGGCUCAGAUAGGGGUGAAACUUGAUGUCUCUACUUAUAGCAUUCUCUUAGGUGGGAUGUGUAAGCUAGGUAAAUUCCAUGAUGUGGAGAAUUUGAUUCUUCACAUGAGUGAAAAUGAGAUUGAACCUGAUCUUAAUCUGUACUCACAUAUGCUUGUUACAUAUUGUAGAAGUAUGAGGUUAGUUGAAGCUAAACAUUUGGUAAUGCAGAUGGAGAAUAGGGGCCUACCUGUAAAUAUAGCUAGCUACUUCGCUAUUCUGCAAGGAUUUUGUAUUAGAGGUGAGAUUGUAGAAGCAGUUCAACUGUUGAAAGAAAUUAUUGUGAAAGGCAUUGCCCCAUCUUUCGUUGCAGUUUCUCUGUUGCUAGAAUAUGUCAGCAGAUUUGGACAACUAGAUAAGUUUGCUUCCUUGCUUCCGAUCACAGAAGGAAAGGUUGGUGGCUGAUUUCUCUGUGUUGAGGGGGAUUUGUUGAUUCUAUAGAGCAUCUUGUGUUUGAUACAAAUAAGUUUUGGCUCUGGCAAUUUCCUUUUUGAAUUGAAGUAACUUGAUGUUCCAACAUGGUUACUGAAGUUUUUGUAUGCAAUACUUGAUUGGCUUUUAAAUGGUUGAGCAGCCCCAUUGGCAGCCGCAAGAGAUUGGAUCCUGACACAUCUUAUGAACAAUGAAGAUGAUGUUUUUCACUUGGCUCAUCACAAAACUUGGUGACAUAAUCAAUGCAAAGUAAGAACUUCAAUGCUCAG